AUGAAGAAAAACAAUGCAGGGGCCUCACUCCCAGUGGAUUGGGGAAGGUGUUUCUCAUUCCUGUGCAUGGCUAAUGGAGCGGGGUUUGGGGUGCAGCCCCAAGGCUCUCCGCAGGAGUGGGGUUUGGGGCAAGGCCCCGAUGGCCCUCCGCAGGAGCAGGGGUUCAAGGGGCUGGCCCCUUGGGGGGUUUGGGGCGCAGCCCCAGGCUCUCCGCAGGAGUGGGGCUUGGGGCAAUGCCCCAAAAGCUCUCCGCAGGAGCAGGGGUUCAAGGGGCUGGCCCCUUGCACAUGGGGAACAAUAAUAACAAGGAUGUUGUUGCAUGGGGCGGAGCCCCAAUGGGGUCUGGGGCAACGCCCCAGGGGGGUUCGGGGCGCAGCCCCGAUGCCCUCCGCAGGAGCUAGAGACCGCUAAACGCGUGGGUGUGCGAGGAACGAGCACCCCACGGGUUAAAGGUCUCUAGU